UUGAUUCGUGAACACCUAGACGCACAAUAUUUGCUUGUGCACGUGCGGGAUUCACGAUUGAGGGAAUGGAAUCGAAAUUGCGGUAAACUCGAUUCAAAGGAUAAUAGAUUCUGUGUUCCGGAAAGCUUGGUUUUGAAGACAGACGGCGAGCUUUCAAGCGAACGGAAAGAGCAGGUUGAGCGACAGACUAGACCUUGGUCUCGAAUUUCGCGGGGUUUGAGUAGGUUCAAUUUCGAGCGAUGGGAGGUUCGUGCAUGCUUGGCGAAUCGUAUCAUUUUUAGGAUUCGCUGGAUUGAACAUGGCAGGUUGCGAGGGGCCUUAAGAAAGUGAGGCGACUUUAGAGAAGACGAAUUGUAGGUGAAUUGUUUGCUGAGCGUGGGCUUUUCACUCAGGUUCUGUUGAAGAUAAGCUCGCACGUUAAGGGAUGGAAGUAAGGCCUGAAGCUGGUGAUGCAUCUCCUGCGAAGAAAAUGAAGAGGGAAGUCUUGGGAGUAGAGAUGAUUUUGAAGCAGACCGCGGAGAUAGGGAUGGUAUUGGUUGGCAUGGCAGCCCUUCGAGACGGUGCUCCGCCUACUUCAUUGGAACGCCAUUUAGCGAUCAAGGCUUAUUCGAAUUUGGAAGGGCUGGUAGAAUGUGUGGCACCUAAUGAUUUGGUGUCGAAGAAAUCCUUGCAAUCCUUGAUUCAGCAAUUUAGCUCGCCACAGGAUUCCACCUUGCGACCUGUGUCGUUACCAAUACCAGCGCAGGAUGUUUCGACCCCCGCCUCGGUAACUUUACCAGCACCAGCAUCUACGAAGGCUGCAAGUACUUCUGGAAAAAAAUCAAGUACUACCUCUAUUACCGCAACAUUGAAGCCUGCAGAUAAACUAGGUGCCUCCAAAACUCCCAUGACUCCCUUAAAAGAUUUUUCAAAUGUUUCGAUUGUUGCCGUAGAAGAUAGAGUUGAGAAAGGACCACCAGCCCUUGUCUUUAAAACUCCCUCAAAAGAUUCUUCAAAUGUUUCAAUUAUUGCAAUGGAAAAAAGUGUUGAGAAAGUACCAACGGGCCUUGUCUUUAAAACCCCUAUUUCUCCCUUAAGAGAUUCUCCAAAUGUUUCAAUUACUGCCAUGGAAGAAAAAGUUGAGAAAGGACGAACAGCUCUUGUCUCUAAAACUGCUGUGUCUUCCUUAAGAGAUUCUUCAAAUGUUUCAAUUACUGCCAUGGAAGAAAAAGUUGAGAAAGGACCAACAGCCCUUGUCUUUACAACUCCCAUAUCUCCCUCAAAAGAUUCUUCAAAUGUUUCAAUUACUGCCAUGAAAGAAAAAGUCGAGGAGGGGCCAACAGCCCCUGAAGCAGAGAUUGUGGAACGAGCACGUGAAGUAGAGGCUGUUGAACCUCAAGUUGACCAAAAGAAAUAUCUCCAGGAGAUUGCCCUCGAAGUAGGCUUGUUAGAAUCGGAAGUUGUCACGACGGUGUUACCAGAAAUGGCGAGUGCAUAUAUGAAUUCGCCAAUCACAUGUGGCAUUUGCAAGGUACUGGUAAAUGAUUCAGCAAGUGUCUUGAUUUGUGAUGGAUGUGAAACUGGGUUCCACUUGAUCUGCCUUCAAGCUCAAAAGGUCUUGGAUAUUCCUGGAAAGGACUGGUAUUGCACAAAAUGUUUGACGGCUAACGGGGGUCGACCAAGGCAGCCUAUAUAUGGUCCCAUACGCCGAGGACCAGGAAGGCCUGGUUCCAGAACUACGUGGAUUUUGAAGAGUGCCUGUGGUCACCACUCAACGAAAGUGUCAUGAAGACCUGAUGUGCUUUUAAAGAGGAGAGUUCGUAAUACUGGCGCAUCUCACGAAAGGGAAAGUCUUAAUUUCACAAAGGCAUCACUGGAAGUUCAUACUGCGAAGGAUUCUCAUUUGGAUUCGUCAAAGGCAUCAGCAAGCCUUUCAUGAACAGAGCAUUCAGUGUGAAGUUCAAUUCUUUCUUUUGGUCUGAUAAAUUAUUAUCUAUUUUCAGGCGCAUAGUUGAAGUCAAACCAAGCUCAUUUCAAUACUACCUGAAAGUCUCGAACAGAACGUAGUGUAUCAGUCUGAAUAUGAAAUCAUCUCAUUUUUUAGUGUUAAGUAGUACUUGAUUCUGUUUAUGUAAGUCGAGUGUAUAUUUUGUAGAAACAUAGGCUUAGAUCAUUCAAUGUACAAUUUAGUUUUGUGUUACUACUGCCGGUACCUGUUUAUAGACGUGAAAACAGCCCAUUGCUGUCAUUUAUGUGAUGUGUCCAACCUUCUCCUGAUAAAAAGCCUACCUUCGCUGUGAGUUUUUUCUGCUCGAGCGUAAUGGGCGGAGACAAACCGAUAUGAAGACUGAUUCUACUCCAAACCUGAAGUUGAGGUUGCAUGCCUGAAUAUUUUAUUCCAAUUAUUGCCAACAUUAUCAGUUGACAUUACACCUGUGCAACUCUUCUGAUCCCAUCCGUCGAAAACCUUCGGGGCAGACUGGCUGGCCAUUGAUAGUAUAUGAAAUUGGUAUGGUGGACGACUUCGCAGCUGAAAUUAUUUUCCUUCCCUUCCAUCUAUCGACGGCACAUUUUUUAGAAGAAAAAGCCUAGGGGAGGUCUUCCAAUACGUUCAAACGACCAGUAGCGUAAUAUGCUGGGAAGUACUUACGAAAUGUUUUUGCAGAUUGGUGCCGCAGUUCCUCGUUCUAAAGUCGGUUAGAGAUCAAUCAAUUGCUUACUUCAAACAUAACUCUCGGUAUUGCUGUAGUGGAACAUUCGUGACCAAAUCUGUCGAAGGGCAGUGAUCCACCUCAUUCAAUAUCAUUAGGUAAUUUUUGUAUUCUAAUCUCACUAGUUAGUCUCUUCUGCUCUGAGAGUAAUGUCCUUGGGAUUUAUAUUCGGGUUCAUGAAGUCACUAGCUGAAUGAUUGAGCAACAAUAUAGCCGUCAUAAGAUCAGUUGGAGAAGUAACUACGAGUUCAAAUCAGAUAAAUUUGAGUAGUUUCUAACACAAUUUCCGAGAUUAUACGUCAACUUGUGACUCAUAGUUGCAUUUAUAUUGUUAAAAUUUUGUCGCAUUAAAGUUAGACACCAUGGAAAUAAAGUCCUUGUUAAUUAUUCUCAUGUCAAUGGAAUGUUCCCGUAAUUUGAUGCUAUAUUUCUUGCCUAAGUGAAACAGGAGUGCGUCACAUAGAUCAAGUGUUUUGUCUUAAUUCAAAGUGGACCUUCAGAACAUGAGAUUAGACAACUUUAUGGAGAAGAAAUCAAUGAGGAGAACUCGUUAACAAUUAAUCACCGCUUUCUAUUUGGCUUGGCGCUGCGACUUGGUCUCGAUUUCUUGGCACUCUUGGAGCGGUUUCCGACCAUGUUGGGAGCAGCAGUAACGGAAGGCUUGAAUUUAUACAAUUUGGAAGUUGGAUGUUUAUGGAUACGGCCUUUGCUGUGCAGACGCUUCACGGCAGACUGCAGCAUUUUCAUGGUGGUGGAUUUGAAGGGUGUGCCGCCAUACCGCUUCUCCAUGAGGCGCUUGAGCUUCACCAUGCUGGCUCCUCCCUCGUGCUUGAGUGCAUGUUCUACGUCUUUCAGUAGUGAGAGGUAGGUAGGGGUACGGCGACGAUGUUUAAUAGAGGAAGAUUUCUUCUUUGUGAUACCUCUCGAUGACCUUAUUGCGAAAGGCUUGCGACAUUGUACCGAACGUCGCCUUUGGGCAUUUUGUUUCAUGUCUGAGUGAGUUUAACCUCGUUUUUCCUCCUAAGAAGCCCUUGAAGUCCCAGGGAUCAGCAAAGCCUAUUGCUAUUUGAGCACGAUUGUUGGCUGGGGCUAAUAAACUAUGAUUGUAAAGAAAUGGAUUAGUUUGUGCAAGGAACUGUAAUAUCUUCUUUAUUCAAGUUUGCGAAUAGCUGAGUAAUCUAGUCUGCGAACCGACAAUAA